AUGACGGUGCGCUGCCACUGGGGCGACUGCAACAAGGCCGUCCCCAAGGGCCCCAACGGCAAGGUCAAGGUGCACACCUGCCCGACCUGCUACGGCUACUUCUGCAGCCGCGCCUGCCGUGGCAGGCACCGCGACGCCAAGCGCUGCCCCUUCACCCGCGUCUCCAAUCUGUGCCAGGAGGUCCUGCACCGCAUACGCCACGACCCCACCUCCCGCCACCAGCUGUCCCUGUGCGCCCAGCGCGGCCUACUCUCGCGUGGCCGCGGCGUCAUCCGCCUGGUCUUUCAGGGGCCCCAGCGGGCCGCCCAGUUCCUCGAGGCCGGCUGGGGAGAGGUCGUACGCGGGCAGAUGUUCUACGUGGCCCGCGACGACCUCCUGCCCCAUGACAUGGGGCCCCGCGUGUACGCCCGCGUGCGCGCCCUCUGUGACGACUAUGACCCCGGCCGUAAGUUUGUCCUCCUGGUGGCCGUCUGCGUCACGCAGGAAGUCGUCACGCCCGCGGGGCUCGGUGCCAUCUCUCGCGAGAUGGUCGUCAAGGCCAUGAAGCUGCGCCUGAGCGGCCCGCUGCCCGAAGAAGACGUGCAGACGCUCAUCCUGCCCGUCGUGUCGUCGUCCGCCGUGCCUCCGCCCGCGGCGGGCUCGACGUCCAAUGGGCUCCUGCCGCAACACCGGCACCGGCUCCAAGGGCUGCACCACGUGGAGCGGCAACUCGAGGCCAGGGGCAUCGACCUCGCGGGAAGUUACCCUGAGCUGUACGCCAAGAUACGCGCCUUCGUCGACAGCGGCGAGCUUUUUGCGCCCGUGUGCACCUUUCCUGUGGACGUGCGCACGGGACAGGUGUUUAUGUGCAUUGUACUUCCGUGGGCGGACCAGGAGCUUUUGGACAGAAUGGCGGGCACUCGCAGUGCGGCGUCGGUGAGGAACAAGAAGCGCUGGGCCUUUUGA